AUGAGCAGCAUGGCAGAAUCCGAGGUGCACUUGAAGCUGUUGAUUGAUACGAAAAACAAAAGGGUUUUAUUUGCUGAAGUUGGAAAAGACUUUGUUGAUUUCAUAUUUCACAUUCUUGCUAUGCCAUUAGGUACUGCUAUUAGGUUACUCGGCAAACAAGAAAUGGUGGGCUGCUUGGGGAAGCUCUAUGAAAGCGUUGAGAAUUUGAACGAUACCUAUAUAUUACAGGGCAAGAACAAAGAGAUAUUCUUGAAACCAAAGGCACCGAAUCCAUUUACUUCUGUGCCUUCAGCACUGCUCACUGAUAAACCAACUCACAAAACCUACUAUAUGUGUGGUAACUGCAGUUAUCAAUACAGUUUUUCAGAUGAUCCCAAUACACCUUGCCAAAAUUGCUCCAGACCAAUGACCAGAGCUCUUAGUUAUGUUGCUCCUCCACAAAAGAAAGAUGGGCCGAAUGAAGGAUUUGUGAAAGAUGCAGUGACUUACAUGGUAAUGGAUGAUCUGGUUGUAAAGCCUUUGUCGACUGUAUCCAGCGUUGCUUUGCUUAACGAAUAUAAUAUUAAGGAAUUUGCUACACUCCAAGAAAAGAAUGUACAGUUUGGGAUGAAUGAGGCUGUGAAGCUUUUGAAGGCAUCUCUACAUUCAAGCAAUGUUCUCACCACUGUUUUCCUGAAUGAUGAAUGUGACUACCAGAAUCCAAUUUCUGGCCCCGAAGGCAAAAAAUUCUAUAUCUUGGUUGACAAUCAGCCAUGGGUGAAAGAUCUUGUGUCACGGCCUACACAUUUUUGGCAACUGAUGGUCACUAAGUCCAGGUUGCCCCCUUUUGCAAAUUCUAAAGUGAAAAAGAGGAUGGACACAGGAGAACUUAAUGAGCUACAGGCUAUUUCUCAAUCAAACACAAGUCAGUUGGAAAAUUUCAAAAAGUGGUUCUUAUUGCUUGAUGUUGCGACAUCAUCCAGGAAGAGGGCUUUGCUACCUGUGAAGAAAGCAGUUAGAAUGUGGUUCUUUGGCUGUUGUUCCAGCUGUAGCUGUUGGUCAUGA